UUUUAUUUGGAACUUAUUUCGCGCCUAAAAAUAUGCCAACAAUUUGAUCACAUAAUUUCUGUUGUAACUGGCCUAUUGCGAUUAUUCGAUUUUAUCGUAUAAACUGUUAUCGAAACGGAUGGAUAACAAUAGUCAUACACCCAAUAUUCAUACACCCAAGAGGAAAUUAUCUGAAACUUCACCGGAAAAGAAACAAACUAUUAAAAAAAUGAAUAUUGAAACAACAGACCUUAUUUCCAUUAUUAAAAACACUAUAAAUUCCAACCUCGAUGAAAAACUAAAAAAUCUUCCAACAAAGGACGAUAUCGAAGAGAUUAGGAAAGAGAUUACCUCGGUUAGUACACUGAUAAAUUCACUGCAAAAUGAAAACCUCGAGCUUAAACAAAAGCUAGACGAAGUUACUAGAGAAAAUAAUGAAGUUAAAAGACAAAUAAACUGGUUAAAAUCUCAAAUCAAAUGUACUAAAUUAUUUAUAAGGGGUCUCCCCACAAAUAAAUCAAUUUAUAAAGCAGUACAAAAUUUAAUACAAAAUGACAUGGGGAUCAAACUAAAAAUAGUAAAUGUAAGAAAGAUCUAUGAACGAUAUAAUAUGAUGUCUGCUUUAGUCGAAUUAGAAAAUCAAGAAGCAGUUAAUGAAGUGCUGAGGAACACGAAAAAAUUAGCUAAUACAAGAAUAACUAUUGAGAGAGAUAUGGAGCCAAUAAAACAACAAAAGAAGAAAAAACUUUUGGAUAUUAAACGGAAGCUUCUAGCAAUAAAUAAAGACCAUAAAAUUGUUGCAAAUAUGAUGGAAUUGAUGAACUGGAAAAAAUAUAUGGCGAACAAAUUAAAGAGCUGACAAUUCAUCUAAGCGGGAAUCUAAUGGAAUCAAAAAACUGAAAUCAAAUAAUUCAUUAUCAAUCAACAACGAAAAAAAUCAAGUUACUACACACAUAUCUAUUAUUUCAUACAAUGUAAAUGGAUUGGAAAACAAAUAUAUUUACCCAUCAUUCUUUGAGUACAUAAAAACCCAUGACAUAUUUAUACUAAUCGAAACACAUUUAACUGAAGAUAAAUACGAGUCUGUAAAAAAAUAUUUUCAAGGAUUUACUUUGAAUUUUGAAGCAGCAAAGCGUUUUAGCAGAUAUGGUAGAGCAACAGGAGGUCUUAUACUCGGCGUAAACACACGAUUGAAGUGCAUGGGAAUAUCUUCAUAUACAUUUAGGAUUGAAGAAGCAAACCUGCUUAAAAUUGCAACUAGUGAGGUUUGUUUUACAUUAGUACCGUCCUAUUUCAGACCAGCGUGUUGGGAUAUGCAAUUUGAAUGUAUCUCAAACCUGUUUCUAUAUAAUGAUGUUGUAAACCCAAUUGUAAUGGGAGAUCUAAAUGCCAGAAUCGGAGAGUUUAAACAGGAGAUUGAUGAUU